AUGACUUUCGGCACUGUUUUCUCCGUCACCGUUUCUUCCGUACUGGCAAAAACCGUCACGGUUGUUCUGGCCUUCGUGGCCACCCACCCAGGAAACAGAGCGAGAAACGUUUCACGGAGGCAACUGGCGAACUCCAUCGUGGUGGCCUGCCCAUUGAUCCAAGCCGUUCUCUGCGCCAUCUGGCUUAUGAACUCUCCUCCGUUCCCACAGCUGGACUUCCAUUCCACGCCUGGAAAGGUUGUAGCGGAAUGCAACGAAGGUUCGGCCGCCAUGUUUUACACCGUCCUGAGUUACCUGGGUUUCCUGGCCCUCGCCAGCUUCAUGGUGGCUUUCCAAGCUAGGAAAUUGCCGGAUAGUUUCAACGAAGCCAAGUUCAUCACCUUCAGCAUGCUGGUCUUUUGCAGUGUCUGGGUCUCCUUUGUCCCAACUUACCUGAGCACCAAGGGGAAGUUCAUGGUGGCUGUGGAGAUCUUCUCCAUCUUGGCCUCCGGCGCUGGUCUCCUGGCUUGCGUUUUCUUCCCCAAAUGUUACAUUAUUCUCCUGAGGCCAAGUCUCAACAGCAAAGAUCAUCUAGUUAGGAAAAGAAAAGUAAGAUAA